UUGAGCGAUUUUUGCAUGAAUCUAUUAUAACUUUUCUUCAAAACAUUGAUCUUUUGUCCAGGCCAUUCAUUCAACAUUAUCGACCUGAUCAAACCAUUCGGUGUUCAAGCACUUUUAAAUGCUUCACUUACUGUUGAUACUUUUUUCUUGAUCAGGUAAGAUUAAAGGGACAUCUUUUUACCAUCGAAAUAUUGCAGCAAAGUUAUUAAUUAUUCCGCUUUUAGUGGACUCUUGACUUCUUAUAUGACCUGGCAAAUGACAAAUGGUUCACACAAUAAAUUCAAUACAUUUUGGCUCGUUGUCACUCGUUAUUUGCGUCUAACACCAUUCAUGAUAAUUGCUAUGUGUGCAACGAUUCUUUUACCGACGAUGGGUUCAGGGCCACUUUGGAAUGAAUUUGUUGCUCAAUUCGGUCGAGACUGUGAAAAUAAUUGGUGGAUUAACAUGUUUUACAUUCAAUCAUUUUAUAAAACCAAAGAAAUUGUAAUGUCAAAAUUCCCCUUUCCUUUUAUUAUUCAGUGUUUAUCUUCCACUUGGUGGCUCUCCGUUGAUAUGUUUUUCCACAUUCUGUCAGUUUUAGUUCUCAUUCCAUUGAUGAAGAAUCAAAGGUUGGGAAUCACCAUCAACUCAAUCAUAAUUUCAUGUUUCGUUGCGACUUCAGCGUUCAUCAACAUUACCAGAAACUAUCCAAUCUCAAUUUUACCAACAUUCCCUCAAGUGGAAGAGUUUUGGAAUGAUUUUAUUGUCAACUUUUUCUGGAAACCUUAUAUUCAUGGACCACCAUUUUUCAGUGGAUUGUAUUUGGGCUACUUAAUUGCGAGAAAAAAGUACAUCAAACUAACCAAAAAUGUAUCAAUACUUGCUUGGGUAAUGGUAAUCCUCGCCCUUUUCACCGUUCUUCAUGCUCCAUAUCCUUUAGCCAUUGGUAAAACUUGGUCUAAAUGGGCUGUGAUGGUCUAUGAGUCGACUAGUAGAGUAAUUUGGUCACUAUCUGUCUCUUGGAUCAUUUAUGCUUCAGCAUCUGGUCAUGGAGGUUUAAUCGACAAGUUUUUGAGCUUACCAAUAUUCAUACCAUUUGCAAGGAUAUCUUAUGCAGUCUAUUUAAGUCAUUUAAUUCUCAUUUUUGCUUACAUGGGAUCGAGAAGAAGCUUGCUUUUUACAGAUUCAUUCACCGCUGUAAGUAACCCAAUAUUCAUCAGAAUUGUUUACUUGAUUUUCGUCAAAUUAUUAUAACUUUUAUUUAUCCUGCAGAUAAGUCUUUUUCUGUCUCAUUGGGUUCUAUCGCAAAUAAUUGGCUUGAUUGGAGCUGUUGUUUUUGAAUAUCCUUUUAUUAAUAUUC